ACAUGGCAUCCGCACCGUCAAGCACCCCGGCGGAGGUGCCGAAAAGCCAUCUCCGGUGCCGAGCGAAGCGCGCCCGCGUCGGUGAUGGAUCAUCCUCCGCGGCAGAGUCGACGAUGCACGCCCCCGACGGCGAUUGGCGGGACUGGGCGAGCCUGGGGUCGGGGCCGGCGUGGCUGAUCGCGGACCGCGUGCUCGCCCGCGACGUCGCCGACUACGUCCGCUUCCGCGCGUCGUGCCGCGCUUGGCGGCGGUGCACGGCGGACCCGCAUGCCGACGCCCUGGACCCGCGGUUCCACCCGCGGCCCUGGAGCAUGCUCCCGGACGUCGUCACCCGCGGCUACAGCCCUCGCUACCGCUACAGCCGCUUCAAGAACAACUCCAUCGGCGAGCACAUCCGGAUGACGAUCCGGGGGCUGAACGGCCGGGACGGCCGCACGCACCUCGCGCGCACGACCCAGGGCCUCCUCGUCCUGCUCAACAAGAAGACCGACGCCGUGUUCGUGGUGAACCCAGUCACCGGCACCCGCACCGACCUCCCGCCGGUGACCACGCUGCUGGCCGGCUACCGCAGGAGCGAUGUCUUCCCUAGAUGGCCCAGAGAGCUCCACUUCGGCGCGCAGCUGACCGACGAUUCGGCGGUCGUGAUCAACUUCGGCGGGCACCGCCUGCUGGGCGUCGCGAGGCCCGGCGACGAGCAGUGGACCAAGGUGGAGUGCGGGCACCGGACCCGCGGACCAGUCUCGUCGUUCACAGGCCGCGUGUACUGCGUUGUGCGGAAAACUGCCAUGGUGGUGGAGACCUCGCCGGACCACCCGCCGAGGCUGGCCAAGGCUCCUCAUAAUCCUUUCGGUUCAAUGCCGUGACCGAGGCCUAGCCUAACUAGUUGCACACUUGCACGUAGUAGCACAAACUUUAUGUUUCGACAGUACGCCAUUGUCGUACAAGUAUCAGCAGUUCAGCACAAACUUUUUUUUUUUACGCGAGUUCAGCACAAACUUGAAACUAAAGAGAUUUCGUGUUUUUUUUAAGCAACGAGACUCCGAUUUCAUUAUAGAAACAUCCCUAUCAUUUCUUUUA